AAAGGGAAGAGCAGCAGCACUGUCCAGAACGAGUGGAAAAUCAAAGUUUGAGAAGACGAGGAGAAGUGUAAAGAAGAAGAAGACGGAGAGAGAGAGAGAGAGAGAGAGAGAGAGAGAGAGAGAGAGAGAGAGAAGGAGCCUCAGAGUCUGCACAAAGAUUGAACUGGAAAAAAAAGUUUAAAGCUGCCCAACAAAAGAAGAAAAGGGGGUUUGAAGCAGAGAGGGCCCCAACAUUCACAGAGAGAACAAGAUGUCGACGCCAACAUCAGACGCCAGCAUUGAAGAUGCCACCAGCCGCAGCUUCUGGAUGCCUGGGAACUAUCAGCCCACUGUGAAGCGAACAGAAGAUGCCUUCCAGGCCUGCAAUGACAUCGUGGCGUGUUUCCAAGAGAGAGCUCGUGUGGAGAGGCAGUACGCCCAGCAGCUCAGUGAGUGGAGCAACAAGUGGAAGCCAGUAGUGGACUCCAGUCCUCUGUACGGAUCUCUUCUGAAGGCCUGGCAGUGUUUUCUCUCCUCGGCUGACCGGCUGGCCUCCUUACACGCCUCCAUCUGUCGCUCCCUGGUGUCGGAGGAUGGAGACAGGGUCAGGACCUGGCAGAAGGACACCUUCCACAAGAAGUUGUUUGGAGGCUUCAAGGAGUCCCAGGACACUGAGACAGGAUUUACACGCGCUCAGAAGCCCUGGGCCAAACGACUGAAAAAGUUGGAUAAGGCCAGGAGGGCGUACCACAAAGUGAGCCGUAAGGAGCAGGCAGCCAGAGAGCGAGAGGUGCAUGCUCAGGGAAACCCAGACGUCGCCAUCGACAAACAGAAGAAGAUCCAAGAGGAGAGAGAGCUGGUUCAACAGGAGGCUGAGAAGGUCCGUGCCCGCUAUGAGAAAGUCCUCGAGGAGGUGAACCGCUACGCUCCACGCUACAUGGAGGAGAUGGAGUCCAUCUUUGACCAAUCGCAGGACGAGGAGCGAAAGAGGAUUGUGUUCCUCAAACAGGCCUUUCUCUCCAUCCACAAAAACCUGGACAUAACCAACAAUGAGAGUGUGAGGGCCGUGUACAACGAGCUCCACAACACACUGAUGGCCAUCGAUGAGCAUGAGGACCUUCGCUGGUGGAAAAACACCUACGGGCCCGGCAUGCCCACCGACUGGCCUCACUUCGAGGAAUGGAUGCCCGAGAAGAAAAACAAAAAAGGGAAGAAAGAAGUCGAAAAGAAAGGAACAAUAGAGAGGAGUGUGAUUAUUGGAGGAGUGAAAGUAAGAGCUAUGUAUGAUUAUAUUGGCCAGGAGACAGAUGAGCUGUCAUUUAAAACAGGUGAGGAGUUUUUAAAGAUAGAGGAUGAGGAUGAUCAGGGCUGGUGUCGGGGGAUGAAGGACGACGGGUGUGAGGGGCUUUACCCAGCCAACUAUGUCGAGGUGGUGUAGUUAGCGCAUCUAGGCUGAAAAUGAAAGCCCUUUCUACACCACAUGCUUCGUUUCACUGUGGAAAUCACAACCUGGUUUAACAUAGAAAUGUCAGAAACAUCAAACCAAUGCUGUAAAGAGAAACACCAAGAAGCUGUUAGCCAAAGAUCACACUUACAGAGGAUAUUUUAGCAUACAGAGAUUUUUAAAAACUAUCCAGGUUGUGUGAACUCUUGAAGGAUUUUGAGAAAUGUUUUAAUAUAUAUAUACAGUAUGCAUAGACAACUUGUACUGAAGCCAUAUAAUACACAAUGCUUUAAUGUAGAAAAAAUGCUCUUAAGGUAUAUAACUAGCCAUUUGGUGCUGAAAUUGCAUUACAGAAGUGCUAUUUGCCUUGUGCUGUUUUUAUUUCUGUACACCUCAACACAUUGCUAUUAAAAUGCUCACAAAGCCUCUCAACAUAUGAAGAAAGUAACUCGAAUACUGUGAUUGUAAUUAAUCCAAAGCAGCAAAGCACAAGUGGAGUUAGCUUGAUAGAGGUAGAUAACCACAAAACCUGUAUUUCUCUUCUGUUUUUUUAAACAACCAGUUUGACAUUUUUAGGAAUAUGGUUUGCUGUUCAAAUAAAAAACACAAUGAGAUGGGAAGAUUGAUUUUAGUUUCAGGUACAGGGGAAACUGCUAGCCUAGCAGCAUCAACACACAUUCCAGAAACUCCAGUGCUUUCUCAUUUUGUAUCAUGUUAACAUAAAGUGGCUACAAUCAAUAAACCAACAACUUAUAUUAUGCCACUUAUGUCAGCUUUACAAGCAACCUGAUCUAACUCCCAACUCGUCAAACACUUGGCGUCUGAUACAAGGCACCCUUUAGCGUCUGUAUGAGACACAUCAGGAUUUCAAUGUUAACCCAUCAUUGUCAUUAUUAGAUGCUCAGAGCAACUCACGUAGUUUGAAGCGCGAGAAAGCACAUGAAGGAUGCAAAUUUGGGGUUGGACAGGUCAAACAAACAUGACUUUUACCCAGCAGACCGUUGUUUGUGUCCCCUGUUUAACAAUCUUGAUUUAUUUUACCUUAAUUUUGUAAGGUUAUUUAAGUAAGCCAGUUAAUUAACAAAAUACUUAUUUUAUGUUAAAAAAAAUACUUGUUUUUAUCCAAAGCACAAUCUAGUUGUGUUGUGUAAGUAAACCUUAGUGAGACAUUUUAAAAAGAGACUUUUUUUAGAGUCAGAACAUGUUGUUAUUGGAUAUUUCAGCCCAUUCAGGCAGCUGUUUUACAGCAGUGAAAAAAAAAGACAGCUUUGGAGCUCUGCAUACUAUGGGGUGACUAAGGCUCAGGAGUAAGAGCGGAUUGUCCAUUACUUGCAGAGUAAUGUUGGUUCAAUCCAACAUUGCAUCUGAAAAUUGCUCCUGAUAGUCAGACUACUGCCUUGCAUGGCAUCUUCACCACCAUCAAGCUGUGUGAAUGAGAGGCAAACUGUAAAGGGUUCUGCCCGCUACGGUAGAAAAGUGCUAUGUAAGUGCAGUCCAUUUGUCAUUUUUUCAAUUUCUUUUUGGGGCGAAGCAGGAGUUUCUCUCUGUUUCCAAUCUUUGUACUAAGCCGGUCACAUUAUCUAAAACAUCUGACGGC